GCUCCGACCAUCGCCGCCCCCGGGUCACAAAAAGGCGAGUGACGGUUAGCUUAGCUGCGUCAGACCGAGGUGCGCGACCUGAUUUGUUGCCAUGGAAACAGCGCGGGCAAUUAGAGCGAACCCGGCGCUGAUUAAUGGACGCGCACCCGUGGACGACUCCCGUCCGCCUUCGUGCAUCGGGCUUUGGGAAAUGAAACUCUGGUGGUUACAGGGUGUAAAAAUACACGGCGCUGCUCUUACAUCAGAGCGCUGCGUGGGUAUUUUUGGGAGCAUCGCGGCGGUUACUGGGUGUCAGUCUCCGCCAGCCUACGACGAGUCAGUGCAGGCGAGAGGCGCGGCACAGCGCGUCCUGGGGUUCCCGUGUAAACAUGUGAGGAGACGGUGCGCGUCGCGACAGCGAGGUUGGCUUUUUGAACCGGACCCGUGGACCUGGCACCGGAAUGACGGCCUGACCGGGUCUCCGUGAGGACAUGGAGGUGACGGCGGGGUCCAGUCCCGUCGCCUGUGGAAACGCGGCGGUGCUGAGUGCUGCUGUGUGGCCGACGGCGGAUUUGGCCGGGUUUGGAUAACUGGCGCCUUUACGCAUUGGUUACCACCGGAAACACAUAGAAACACGGCCAAGAAAACUUACGCAAUGGACAGAUACCGGCUUUAUUGCCACACACUGUAUAAUCAAGUCGGGUUUUAGAGUCUUUAUUAAAAUGUGGAAUGCGUUCAUGAACGGCGCGGGGCUGCACGGUGGGGGCGGUGCUGGCGGGGGAUACGUCCCGUCGCAGGGAUGGGAGUUCGUGCCGUGUUCCAGGAUGGCCGGGGCAGACGGAGGCAGGGGCAAAAGCCGCAGCCCGUCGAGGAGGAUCUCCUCUCCGCCCACCGUCUUCCGGCAGGUCCACGAGCCGCAGCCCGGCGCCUCGCCGAACGGAGGCGAGGGCGGAGCGGGGACGGAGAGCGAGGUUGUCCGGGGACAAAUGUGGGAAGCCCAGCGCCACCAGCAGCACCAGCAGCACCAGCAGCAGCAGCAAACUAAUCACGUGCGCCUGAAAAGGAAGUUUGAAGAUUUGAAAAAGCGACACGACCAGGACAAGGAGGAAUGGAUGCGCGAGAAGGAAUUAUUAUUGAGAGAAGUGGCUGACAUACAAGGGGGCGAGAACCGGAGGAUUCUGCUGGACCUGAAGAGGGUCCUGGAGGAAGUGCGGCUGGAGGUGAAGCGAGAGGAGGAGCGGAGGAGCGAGCUGCAGCUGCAGUACACCCGCGACAGGAGCGCCUGGCAGCUGGAGAAGGCCGAGCUCAAAUGCAGGAUCGCACAGUUGGAGACUAGAGAGGGUUCUGGGUUGAUCAGUGGACCAGCAGCUCCUGGCUCGGCGGCGCCGCAGCACGGCGAGAGCCCGUCGCUCUGCUGUGAGGAGCAGCGGAGGCUCUUGGCAGACACACACUCGCCCGCCAUGGACCUGCGCUGCCAACUGGAGCACAACGAGAGGGGCUGGUUAAAGGAGAAGGCUGAGCUGCUGGAGAGGUUUGACGGGGAGAGGAGGGAGUGGGAGAGCCAGCUGAGAGAUAUGCAGAAGAAAAUAGAGGAGCUGUACUGUGAAGUGAGGGCCAAGCGCGAGGGGGCCGGACCGGGCCGCGGGCGUCAGGAUUACAGAGACGCGCACAGGCUGAGCAUACGUUCGAGCAGCACCGGCUCCAGUCUGCUCAGCGACAACUCCCGCUCGGAGCCGCUCAGCAGCUGCAGCGCUUCGGAACCAAGCAAGCCCCCACCUCUACCCGCCUUUGGGCGCCACCGGGGCGCCACGGGCGACGCCUGGGAUGGCGCCUGUCCCCAAGCGGGCGGCGCCUGCGAUUUCGAUUUUAAUGUCGGCGCUCACUUCACUCAUUCACAACCUGAGCUGCGCGCUGGCUGGAGGUCAAAGGGCGCUGAGGAUGCGGCGGCGUUGGAUGCUGCUUUCCAUGGAGCUUCUGGCUGUGAAGCGCCACAGGAACAUGUCUCUGAAGGGAAGGACGUCCAUCUCGGCACAAAAGAAGACUCUCUUUGGUCUGAACCUAGUUCUGGCAGCGACAAGAAGAAGAACACCACAGCUCUCAGUGCUGCUCUGAAGGAGAUCGCCCGUGUCAGCGAGGAGCUUUGUAGCUACCAGGAUGAAAUCAGGAAGAAGACUGGCGAUAAGGGGAACCUGUCUGACUCCCUGUGUCACCCUGGAGACAGGCAGAUGCUGUUAGUCCAUGAUAACACAGGACUGGAGGAGGACGCCGACCUCAGGCAGAUUUAUGAUGAUCUCUGGGCCUUGCAGAGAGACAACUGGAUAACACUGUCACCAAACAGCACCUGGUCGGCCAAUAAAACAGAGAGCACAUCCUGUAGAGCCGGAGUCAGUGAUCCAGACUCGCGGACAAGACCUGAAACGCUGUCCGACAUGGAUGAAGUAGCUCCGCCCAUCCCUCCCCGCAGCUCUUCCUGGAAUCUGAGCGCACAGAGCCACCCAGAGACGGAGCUCCACAUCCUAGAGUCCCCCGUCACGACUGUGAGGAAGUGUCACAGCCCCUGUGUGCUGGUGGACAGGAAGUGCAGCAGCCCGUCCAUCGUCAGGAAGUUUGAGGCGAUGCUGCAAGAAAACGAAGGGAAGGUCCUCGUGGACGGUGCCGUGACUUCAUGCGCUGUACCCGCUAACUCUAAGUGUAAUACAGGCUGCUGCCACAACCGCUGGUCCUGUGACACGAGCAAGUUCAGUAGCAGCAAGUUGUCCGCGUAUGGGACGGUCCAAAAAAGCUUUUCUGAGGUUAAUAUACGCAGCGCUGGGAAAGACUCGCCCUCUGAACACAGCGUUGGUGGAAGCGAUGCAAAAAGCCCCCAACUCCAAAUGCCUCCGGCCCUCAGAGAAUUCCCUUUAGCUCCACUCUUGUCCUUGUCGGAAGUGCCACCUGCCAACGCCAGCCUUCAGGGCUCCAGGAGAAACAUAAUGCUGGAACAAAAAACAGCCGAGUUCAACAGAACUUUGUUUCAAGCCGAGAUGGGUCGAGGUGUAGAGGAACCAGAGAUUCUCACUGUGACAGGUGUCCAGCCAGCCCUUUUAGCAUCAGAUGGGCAUUACCCUCUGAGGAACACUAAGUUUCAACCAAGUAUCUCCAAAGGCUCCACAGACAUCUUGGACGUGAAUCCUGGAACCACAGUGUAUCUCUGCAACUUGGAUUCCACAGUUCAGGAGCCCAAAGUCCAGCCACGGGGAAUGAGAUGUUUUCCUGAAGGUCAAGAGGUCACAGUGAAGCAGGAAGCCCCUUUUGGACCCGAAGAGCCGCAGGUUAACCUCACGGACACCGCCACAACAGCAGCUCACACUUCUGAGGUCAAGCACCACGUCCAAAUAACAAGCAGCCCUUCGAGGAAAACACAGCACAGAGCAGCCACAGAGGACCUCUUUCCCGAACCGGGCCAGAACGUAGAGGGUUCUGAAAAUGCCCAUGAAGCCAAGCACGUGACGGCCAGAGUGGGUCCAGUGCAGCAGCCGUCUGCAGAGAGCAGAGACAGACACAUGAUCCAGCAGGGGCCGAAGCAUGUGCCUGUGCCUCCUCCCCACUCGGACUCCUCGAGACCUGGGCCUCGGAUGAUGAAUGACCACCCCUGGAAGCCCCUCACCCUGGCUGCGUACCCUCGUCCUGAGGGAUCCAGGUCCAACUACGGGGCGCUGGAGAGGAUUCUGAAGAAUUACGAGAGUGCAGCCAGGGCUCAACAGACCCAGGGACAAAAGAAUGAGACGGCGUCAAAUCCCAACCUUAGCGUUGAAGAAGAAAGGGCACUGGACCUGGACAUGCUGGACAUGGACCCUCUGACCUCAGCUCCUAAAAUGAGGCAUACACAGUCUUCACACACCUCCCAGACACACAGCACACAGCUCAGCAGCAGCAGUGCCAUGACUGUGAAAGAGAUGCAGCUGAUAGUGCAGGAGAGCGGCCAGUCGUCCUCCUGCUCGUCGUCCUUCAAGAAGAGCUUCUCGAGGCCCGCCCGUCCGUCCAAUCGGCGCCUCCCCUCGCGAUGGGCCAGCCGCUCCCCGACCUCCUCCUCCUCCCCCUCUUCAUCUCCGUCCGCCACGCCCGACGUGCCGCCGCCCAUCCUCCUCCACCAACACGCUGCCUCCUUCUGCUACUCGCGCGGCUUCCACAUGGAGACUGUCAUCAUUUGAGCGCGGUGUUUGAAAUGACCAGAAGCCUUCAGUGAUGACCUCUGACCCUGUCCUGUCUUAUUGCCUAUAGACAAAGUGCUUUAGCUGUGAGGUAGCUCGCUUAGCUUAAGAAUGUACACAUUCGCAUCCAGUGGAACCCGACUGACCAAGGACAGGAAGGGAUGGAAAACAGCAGGAUGGUCUCAUGCAUGCACAGCCUCAGAGCACGGCUGAGACCUCGGCUCCCAGUCAACAGUCACAUUCAGUAUUUCAGUCAGUUCUUCCUGACUCAUUGCCACCGUUUAAAUCCUAGCUUUGACUAGAGUAGCUUUGCAAAUGUACCGACACCUCUGUUUUAACUAAGGUACGGUAUCUACAGUCCAGGAGGAUGUCAUUUAAUGCAUGUUCAGAAUUUUGUGUGCUUUGUGCACAAAAUAUAAAGUAACAUACAUGUGUUGGUUUUAGGGACGCCGGAGCAAAGCUAGUUUCUCUCUGCGUGCUAAUUAAGCCGCGUGGUUUGUUCUACCUUCUUAAUUAAUACCCACAGUAGAUGCCGGGACUGUACCUUGCCUGUGACUAAAAUAUUUUGUUCUACGUUCAUGACUUUUCACAGUUAAGCGAAAACGGUAUUUACACAUUUUCAACAGAUAGAUUCAAACAAGUUGCUUUUUUAUACCUUUGUACCAAAGGCUAGUUUUUUCUUUUUAUGUAGUUAGUUUCUUUAUAUGUUUUCUUUUUCCUGAUUUGAAAACCCCACAACAUUGCAUUGGCAGUUAUGUUUGAUCUCCAAUCAAAAUGUUAAACCUCAUACAAAGGAGCCAGUUUUUGUGCUUAAUAGAAGUAAUGGCUAUAAAAACCUAUUAAACCGCCUUUUUUCUACUCUUACUGAUUCCAAAUGUGUGGACAUUGCUCGGCAGAGUAGUGCAGUUUUUUUGGGUUACAGUGAGUCAUAUGAUGAAGACGCCGCCUUUGCUGUUUUUUUGUGUAAUAAAAGUAAGGACUUA